AUGGAGAACAGUAAGGUUUCGUGUUUGCUGUGUCGAAAACGUAAGGUAAAAUGCGAUAGAACACUUCCACGAUGUUUGAAAUGUUUAAAGAAGCAUCAACUUUGCCAAUUUCCUGGUAUAUUUCGCAGCCAAACUUUGGUCCACCACCAGGUUGAGGACAUUCGAAAGAGAAAUAGCCACCACGCCUACUUUUAUGGGCACAAUUCCAGUAACUUUUUGGAGAAGCUUUCCUCUCGAAACUUGGAUGAUCGGGAGGACCCGUCUAAGCAGAAACUAUUUGCUCUUCCGCAGUUAGUUGAUGAUGCUGACCGCAAUUUGAAAAUACUCAGAGUGAUGAUAGAACAUCUUAAGAACUCAAAAAUGUCGGAGCUAUACCGAGAUUUCCUAGAUUUUGAUAUCAUUUGUACUCUGUUGGCGUCUCUGGUUCCUUGCGAAACCAGCCUUACCAUAUAUGGUAUGGUUCUUGUCGCCAAUCGAUAUGUUCAGAUUCUUAGUGAGGAACAAUUAUCGUCUUUAAGUCACUUAAUGACAAAUAUGAUUGAUGAAUGUCCACUCAAACCCUUGAAAAUCAGCUCCAUGCUCUUGCUUAUUGAAUUUCAUUAUUCUCGCUUCGAAAUCAAUAGUGCCUAUAGGCUUUUGUUUCUAGCAACUUCCGAUGCAUAUGCUUUGGGAAUCCACAAGUCAGAUUCUCCCUUAUGGGUUUCUUUAGCCUUUUAUGACUCUGUGAUUUGCUCGAGUGUUGGACGGCCUACCUCUUUGACUAAUCUUCUGUUUUCGGUAAGAAACUUGGAACUUGAAAGGGUGGUUUCUGUAGUUGAAAUUAUAUGGAGAUGCAACAAUGAAGCUCAAAAGUCUCCCCUAGAUUACAAAACCAUAAUUGAGCUUGAUUGCGAUUGUGACAAGGGUGUUGAAGUGAUUUCAUCUGGUGGUAUUUUCUCCAGUCACCUUUCAGUUAUUUUGUUUGCAAAUCAAGCGAAGAUACAUUUGUCUUUUCUUCAAAAUGAAUAUUCUGUUUACAAGAUACAAAAGCUACUGGAAAAAAUUCUUCACGAAAUGGGAAAAAUAAUUCAAUUCUUGAAGGAAGAACGAAAACUAAGCAAUGGGCGGACCAUUCUCUCUGAGUUCAAAUCACAAUUUCCUUUUGCAUGGUGCUUCGGAUAUCAAUCCCUUCUUAUCUUGCUAGUGUUUCUCACGAAGAAGCAGCUUUACACCGAAAGUAUGUGUUCAGAAGUUUACAACCUUGCUGAUCUUGUAAAAGAAAAAAUCGAUGAAGAAUUGGAUCCAUUGUUUGAUGUACUUUCUGCUGUUAAAUCUUGUAUUCUUGAUUUGAAAGAUAAGAAUGGUCAGGGGGAAGCAAACAGAAUGCCAGAUAUUGAUUUUACUAACCCACAUUUCUUUCAUGAGGUUGAUUUCUGGUCCAGUUUGGCUUCAAUUGAGCAGUCUUCCUGGGAAAGUUCUUCAUCUUGA